CGGUGUAGAGAUAACCGCUUCCCUGUUCGUUUAUUGCAGCUUUAGCGUCCCUGAUCCUGCUCUAUAGGGGGUGGAGAGAUGGGUCCCUCGCUAGCGGACCGCCUGGAGAAACUCUCCUUUUAGUGCUCUACAGCACGGUGGGGCAGGCAUUCCCCGCUGCAAAGGCGGCUGCCCUACAGAAAAUCCCCCGGCACCAGCACACACCGCGCACCGGGCUCUUGGUCGUCCCCGAGAAACGCUGCAUCUUGUCGUCGGCCACCUUGGUUCUCUCUCAGCUUCACCACUCUUCUUUAUUUGACUUGCUAGCGACGUUGGAACGAAACAGCGCCAUUUGGUGAAGAAUCUGCACAAAAUUACCAUACUACAGAACAAUAUACACCUAUCCACACACCGUUGUUCACUCGCCUUGCUCUCAUAGCCGACGUCGCCAGCGAACUCCGCCGUGCCUCCCCGCCACCGUCGGCAACAUCGCCACUUGUCACCUACUCUAGACACCUCGCAUGCCUCGAUUUUCUAGCUGCUAGUUGUUGCGCACUAAUCUGCCGCGCCUGUGGACCGACGAGAUGGAGAUUCAGUUCACAAUCCCUCUCGUUGGCGCGGCCACCACAGCCCCAAAGCCGACGCCAAAGCCAACGUCGUCAGCCCGCUCUGGCACAUCUAGAUUUGCCCUAGACACAAGGACGCGGCACACCAGAAAGAGCACAUCUCGUGCGCGCACAGGCUGCGCAACAUGUAAAAAACGCCACGUCAAAUGCGACGAAACUCGCCCGGCAUGCUUAAACUGUAUGAAAUGGCGCGGCUAUUGCGACUCAUAUGCCGAGCCAUCGCCCAACUCCAAACACGACGCCGGAUCCUCGCAGGGCGGCCAACUAAUUCACACAAAAUCGGCACCACUAAUAUUAGAAGAACCCAAUGUCAAUACCCUUCGAUUCACAAAUAGCGACCAGCGCGCCUACUUUGACGAGUGGACGUCCCUGUCCAUCGGCUUUCUCAGCGGCGGCUUGAUGCGCGCAAAGCUCUGGGCUGCUACCAUGCCGCAGGUAUCUCUCGAUGAGCGGCCGCUUCGAUACGGUGCAAUGGCUGUUGGUGCUCUGCGCAAAGCCCUUGCCACUUCGAAUAGGCCACACGGCGCCUUGGAGCCCGAUAACCGGCACUAUAUGAACGCUCUCAACUACUACUGCGAGGCAAUGCGCUUGCAAUCUACGGCAGCACCAACCAACGACACCCUACGCACCGCAUUGUUGUCGUCGCUUUUAUUCAUCUGCUUUGAGUCGCUGCGUGGAAAUCUGCCUGUAGCGCUCAAACACAUGGUACACGGCUUCAGUAUGCUCAACGAGCUAGCCAACUGCACCACCAUCGCACCAGGGCUCGUCCGCAUUGCUGCGGCGCCGCCCGCCAUGGUACAAGAAAUCCUAGACUGCUAUAAACCACUCGAGCUGCAAUCCAGAUCAUUCAUGGGCUCGUACCAAAAGUUCUUUUACACACAAAACAAGCCUGGUGUCAAUGGCGGACCGGCCCAAGCCAUACCCAGCCCGCCCAUCUCCUACGUGCGGACACCUCCGAGCCAAGCAAGCAGCCCACCAGGCGGGCCAAACACACCUCAGUACACUGGUCUUCCCAGUCCCGACAGCCAAGCAAGUCCCAUGUCGCAGACGGGAGGAAGCUCUCCAAACAGCAGCAACCCGCCAACAUCACCGCCGUCCAGCCAAGGACGCCCUGGCGGGCCUCCUAGCGGCAUGCCCCCGCGGCCGCCUCACAUCCAGCCAUUCUCCAAACACUCGCCGUACUUUCGGCCGCGACUUACCCACGUUACCGACAUUGACGAGAUGCCCGCCAUGUUCGCCAGCUUUGAAGAAAGCGCCGCAUACUGGAGCCUUGUGCAGAAACAAAUGGUCAAGUCGCUACCACUACUAACCAUGACAACCGCCAAGCUCAGGCUACCCCACGCGCGCAGCGAGGCCGAAGUCGAGAUGAAGCUCAACAGUAUCCGCCAGAACGAGCAGCUGUCUGCAUUUGUCGCCGACUCGCGCUUCUGGAUCCAGCGGUGGUUCGCCGCAUACGAGCCGCUGUACCUGGACGCUGUGCGGAAUGCCGAGAACAACAGGCAGCUGUACCUCGAGGCCAUCAAUGUCCGCAUGGAGUACCUCAUUCUAUACAUUUACACCACGAUGCCGCGGUACGCUGGGCUCAUCACGGCGCGCGGCUUGACGCCACAGUACCGCGAGAUGGCGCAGCACGCCGAGACCCUCAUGGCGUCCAGGCAGACAUGCGGCUUCGCCAUGGAUGCAGGCUGGACAUGGCCACUCUUCAUCAGCGCGUUUAGCUGCCGCGACCCGUCGGUGCGGGCGUACGCCAUUGACGUGUUAGGCAAGUAUCCCAUGCGCAAUGCGCUGCGUGAUAGUCGAGUCUUCCGUGCGCUUGCGGUUAAGAACCAGGAGCUCGAGCGGACAAUUGCCAAGGAGGGCGACGAGAAUACGCAGUGGCUGCGGCUGCGGCGACGAGAGGUUCUGUUUGAUGAUUUCGGUGCCUCUGUCGUCUUUCGGUCGCCGGUGAAGAAUGAAGCUACGGGCGAGUGGGAGCUCAUUGAGGAGGCGGCCACGUUUGAUCUGAAUGAGGAUGGAUCGCUUACAUGGCAGCAGCGGGAGAUUUCGGAUGCCAAUUCCAUUCUAGGAGGUGUCUGUUAAUCUUUUGGGGGCAUAUUACGGGGAGAUUUUACAUAUAGUAUAUCAGUAAUUGUAUAUAUGGCAUGCUACAGUGAUUUGGAGGGGAGGUCAAUUUUUGAGUUAAUAUACCCGCUACCCUGCAAGUUG